UCUACAGCUGAAGCUCCAUCAGCUUUUAAAGAACCUUUUUCUCCACUUCGUUUUUGCUUUUCAGACAUGGAAGAAGACUCAACUAGUUGAACUGUUCUGGCCCAGUCGUGUCUUUGCAACGAUGGAGGACGACGAGGUUCACCUUUACACUGCAGAAGGUAAAGAGAGUGUGACUAAAGAGGAGCCCGUCACCUCAAGUCCAAAGGGUUCUAAACUGGAGAGAUUUCUGGAAGAUGUGAAACUGGAGCAUUACUACAAAGAAAAACUGUCCAUGAGCACAAUUCUGCAGAUUGAUUCCAAGGCGAUAACUGACAAACCCAUCAAGUCAAAGACAGACGUGGUCUGGUAUUUUCUAAAGAAACUUAUGAUGGCAAAUGUAACAGCGAGAAACAUGGACUACGCCUCAGUGAGUGACCUGGACAGUGUUAAAUCAAAUACAGAGUCAGACUUUGAUGAUCUGUUUGCUAGUGAAAACUUGGAUAUGCUGAACCCUCUUGACAUAAUAACAGCUUUGUUUCUGUGCUCUGAUGGCUUUGUGCAGCAGGAGCUGUCACUCAAAAUGUCAAUGUGUCAGUUUGCUGUUCCUCUGCUGCUUCCAAACUGCGACACAAACCAGUGCACACUGAUGCUGUGGGCCUUAAGAGACAUUGUGAAAAAGUACAGGCCUAAGUCCCUCGUUGAAUCCAAGGGCUUCAGAGAAGAACGCAUCGUUCACUCUGAAAUCCCAAUGAUCUCCUUUGUGAGACUUGGUGAGUGCUCUUUGUCCAAAUCUGAGAUCCUCAAUAAACUCCUGAGCAAUUCUGAGCAGUAUCAUGACACCUUUGUGCACCACGACAUGCAGUGUGGUGACUGCCCAAAAAUCAUCUCUAAUGGACUGGCUGAAAUUACUUGGUACCUUCCCUGUGGAAACAAGAACAUUGACAUUUUUGAUGAGCCAGUGGCAAUAGUUAACCUUCAUGGGGAUAUUGCCUGUUUUGAAACACAGUACGCUUUAUUAUGUCAAGUAUCUUCAGCGGUUUUUGUAUUUUUUGACAAUUGUAAUUUAGAUUACACCCUUCUGAGAAAAACAAACCCAAAAGACAAGAUUUACUUAGUGGUUGACCAGAAAAACAGACAUUUCAAUUUAGAAAAUCUGAAAAUAGUAGCCAGGGAGUUGGGUUUGAAUAGAAAUAGAAUUACUGCAAAGAAAAACACAAAAAACAAUGCAGCCUUCAUCAAGGAUCUGCGUGAGUCUCUCACCAAUGUGAUUGAGAACACCACAACUAAAAUGCCAAUAGAACAAAUGACUGACAUUGCGCUUAAUUUGGGAAUUCAUGUUGAUGAGUGUAAAACUGAAUGUCAGAAAGCCAAAGACAAAGCAAAUGCAUUAACUGGCAACAUCAGUGACAUAGUUCAGUUCAAAGAAACGCAGCUCCCCCUGCAGCGACAAACAUGGAAGGAUCUAACAUCACUUGAAAAAGAGGAAUGUCGGCUUAGGAAAGUUGGAACUCAAAGCAUUGAACAUUACAAAGGUACACUGCAAAAGCAAAAAGAAGAACUUAGGAAAAAACAGAAUUCUCAUGACAUGAGCAAAGCAAUGACCUGCUUCAUUGAAGCAAUAUCCAGCCCUGGCAUAGAGAGGUCCUUCUUCUUAAAAUGGCUAAGGAUAAAUCUUGAUAACCUGUCUCAUGACAAGUUGUCAGACCUCAGAGAACAAUAUAAAAGAAAAUGUAAUGAUUCAGAGAACAAAGAAGAGAUUAAAGAAAUUGACGAGCAACUCUCCAAUAGUUCCCUGGGAACUGAACACUUCUUCCGUGAAAUGGGUCAAAUCUAUGAGGCGUCAGUGUCUCUUCCAGAAAAUGACUCUUCACACAAACAGUUACAACAUCUCCCCAGACUCUGUGCACAGCUGCUGCUUGACGGCUUUCCUCUGGAGCUGGUGGAUGGAGAUGUCUCCAACAUCCCUCUCAGAUGGGUGAGUGAUGUUCUGGCCCAGCUCCAUGACCUGGUGUCUCCAAACAACAAGAUUCUUUUGGUCACAGUUCUAGGAGUUCAGAGCACGGGGAAGUCCACUCUCCUCAACACCAUGUUUGGAGUGCAGUUUGCUGUGAGCAGUGGCCGAUGCACAAGAGGAGCCUUUAUGUUACUCAUCAGAAUCAGUGAAGAUCUGAAAGCAAGUCUCAAGUGUGACUUCUUAGUGAUCAUUGACACUGAGGGCCUCAAGUCUCCAGAGCUCGCUCAACUGGACGAAAGCCAUGAGCAUGACAAUGAGUUAGCAACUCUUCUGGUUGGAUUGAGUGACAUCACUAUUAUCAAUAUCGCUAUGGAGAAUUCUACAGAAAUGAAAGACAUCCUGCAGAUCGUUGUACAUGCUUUUCUCCGAAUGAAAGAAGUGGGCAAAAAACCCAAAUGUCAGUUUGUCCACCAGAACGUGUCAGAUGUUUCUGCUCAUGACAAGAACCUGAGAGACAGAAAACUGCUCUUGCAGCAGUUAAACGAGAUGACUCAGGCUGCAGCCAAAAUGGAGAGAAAAGAGAAGUACAAGAGCUUCACUGAUGUGAUGGACUAUGAUCCUGACACUGGAAACUGGUACAUCCCUGGACUGUGGAACGGAAACCCCCCAAUGGCCCCAGUCAACGCAGGAUACAGUGAAGCUGUCUAUGAACUCAAGAAAAAUGUCAUGCACAUUUUAGAGAAUCAUGCAACACCUGCAAAUGAUAUUGUGCAGUUCCAUGAGUGGAUCAGAAGUCUGUGGGAGGCAGUGAAACACGAAAACUUCAUCUUCAGUUUCAGAAACAGCCUGGUGGCUGAUGCCUACAUGAGACUGUGCACAGAAUACAACAAAUGGGAAUGGGACCUAAAGAUAGACAUGUACUCAUGGGUUACCACAGCUCAGACUAAAAUAAAAAACUUUGGAACCAUUGCAGACAAAGACAAAGCACAGUAUUCUGAUGUCAAACAACUACAAACUUAUUUAAAAUCAGAGGCAAGUACAAAGCUUUCAUCAUGGGAAACUACUCUUAUUGACAAGCUGUCAGAGUACUUCAAACAAAAAGAGGGCCAUGUCUAUCUUGUAGAAAGAUACAAACAGGAGUUUGAAAACAGCAUUAAGAGUCUUAGAAAAGCUUUAGAACAUUCAGUGUCAAAUGAGCUGAAUGCAGCAGCAGACAUGAAACAGGGACAGGCAGAGCUGGACAGAGUAAAAGAGAAAUACACUAAAGAACUCGAGGGUCGGGUUUGUAAACUGAUUGAGAACUGCAGAGAGAGACAUGCCGACAUGACAGAGGAAGAACUAGACACAGAAUUUGAUCAGAUGUGGAACAAAACUCUAAAAGAAUUAAUAGAUUAUAAACAACAUCCUCUUAAUAUCUUUGAUAAUGUGGAUUUCCACCUCAGACAGAACCUGAAAGACAAAGGGAGUCUUGCAUGUGAGGAAUUAAACAAAAGGAGACUGACAGACUGUGGACAUGGUCCAUACAAAUGUACUGCUGAAGGAUGGUUUAAACACUUUGUGCAUCAGAUUUCCAAAUAUGUGAAACAUGAAGAUUCAGUGAUGAGGGCACAAAUGUUAGCAGAUAGGAUCAUUGCUGCAUGUCAACACUGUGUGAAUCAGAAAGUAGAGAAAAAAAACAAUUAUCGUGAAACCUACAUUCAAGAGAUUCUAACCAUUAUUGAUAAAAAUCUAAACAAUGAAGAAAUGAUCAAGGACAUGGGCUUCCAAGUCUCUCUGAAACAACACAUCUGUGCAGGAGCAGCCAGAGAGUUUCAGAAAAUGCAUGACAAUUUCCUCAAAGAAAAUGAUCCCUACCAACGUCUUGUUCAAAAUAAGAAAAACUUCCAUACUGCUUUUAUAGAUGUGUUCUAUGAACGAGAUCAGUGCAAAAAGAAAGCAGAUGAGUUUGCACACAAAUGUUUAGGACCUGCUGUAAAAGACUUCAUCAGCAGCUCUUUGGGUCCUGCAAUCGUAAGUGAAAUGCACACUUACAAAGAGUUUAGCACACGGAUGGUUUUCCAGUACACAGUUUUGCUGGAUCUGCUUCAGAAAGACAGUUUCUCAGAUUUUCUCUGUUACAUACGCUCUUAUGAAAACUAUGUGAAACAGUGGAUACUGGACCAGAUCCUUAAACACCUCUCGGAGCAAAAGGACAUGCUUCAGUCUGAGAGCCAACUUCUUGAAUCAGGCCUUACGAGUAUAAAGAAAUCUCUGAUGAAGGCUAAAUCAGCCAGCAGUGCAACUGUCAAGGAGUUUGUGGAAAUUAUCUGCAAUGAACUUGGAGAUAAACUUGUCAUUUCCCGUGAUGCAUUUGACACUUUCAUGAUUCUGAACAAUGCCAACCUAGAGCAGUUUGCCACAUGGCUCGAAGAAAGUGUAAAUGAAAUGGCCAAGUCACUGCGCCAGAAACUUCAAACAGAAAGCCCUGAGGAAAAGCUUCAGAGUCUUGGUAUGAAACCGCAGGAUGAACUUUUUGAUAAACUGAUUGGCUGUGGUAAACAGUGCCCUUUUUGUUCUGCUACAUGUGAAGCAGGAGGAAGAGACCAUUCUGAGCACUGGCCGACACUGCAUCUGCCUCAAGCUUUUGGCAAGUACAGAUGGCAUCAAUCACAGAAACUUAACAUUGACAUAUGCUCAUCUCUUGUUCUCACCAAUGGCUCAUUUCAGUGCGAGGAAACCAAGUGGCAGUGGCAUCCAUACAAGAGGUAUAAAGAAAUCUUUCCUGCCUGGAACAUAGUACCUGAUAUAAGUCUGAAGGCUUCAAACUACUGGAAGUAUGUCUUGGCAAAGUUCAAUUUUCAGUUUGCAAGAGAAUACAAGGCACUGCCGGCUAAUAUCCCCCAAGCCUGGAAAUGGAUCCCAAAGAAACAGGUUGAAGAAAGCCUCAAAGAGUCUUUUGGGAUAAAAUAAACUGUCUGCAAAUUUGAAUCAUUCAUGACAUUGAACACAAUCUCUUAAAGUGCACGUGCAAGAGUCUUUUUCUAAUUCCUAUUUAGUAAAAAAAAAAAAAAAAAGUAUAAAGGCGUAGG